AGGUGGAUGCUGUGGUGUACCUGGUUGACGCUUACGACAAAGAGAGGUUUGCGGAAUCUAAGAAGGAGCUUGAUGCCUUGCUUUCGGAUGAAGGCUUGGCAGGUGUUCCAUUUCUUGUGUUAGGCAACAAGAUUGACAUUCCUUAUGCAGCUUCGGAAGAUGAGCUACGGUAUCAUCUAGGCCUCACCAAUUUCACCACUGGCAAAGGAAAGAUCAACCUCACAGACUCGAACCUUCGACCCCUUGAAGUGUUCAUGUGCAGCAUUGUGCGCAAGAUGGGGUAUGGUGAUGGCUUCCAGUGGCUUUCCCAAUACAUCAAGUAGACUCCUUAUUCAUUCUUAGUUCCCCUUUCUCUUGUCAACUAGCACCGUCUGCAGUUACAUCAGAAGAUAUUUUACCCUUGUUUUUGCUCUUGAUGAUUUUUGAUUGGAUUUUGAUAGAACUGCAGUGAUAAUAUUACAUGAUAAAAUUUGUAUCUUCAAAGAUUUUUUUUGGGGGAAUAUUCUCCUUUGAAAUACUCAAUUCUGUUGUAGGGUGGUAUGACUUGGCAGGAACUCUAAUAAAUCUGGAAUGUUAGUACAUUUUCUUCCCUGUUA